AACAAUGGCUAAACGUAUGGUUUUUCACACUCAAAUAGCCUCCAUUAUGGAGGUGCUAGCRAAUGCAGCCGUGGCAGAGGUCUGUAAACUCGUCGACGACGACUAUGCMGUGUUUUGUUUGGAAAUAACUCAAAGCCAGAAAGAAAACAGUGUAUUGCGAACAGAACUGAAAGUGGCACGGGAGCGCGCAGAGAAGACAGCGCGAGAGCGCGUCCUCGCUAGUCGUCCCAGUAGUGUCAAGAUCCUCGACCGAUACAGAGGAAUGGCAAGAGGUGAAGGCCACAGGAGCUUUAUGAAGCCAGUUGGACACAACGUGUGGAGAGAUGACCAACCCAUAGCUAUAGAUGAGGGGAGUGGAACCUCACCCCAGCAUGUUAUCGUGAAAGAGUCUGCAGAUGCAGAGGCUGCAGGUCCUGGGGUCAAGCUGGAGAGGUCUGAAGGAGAGGACCCAUGGCACAGCAGAGACAUCCAGGAUGGUGCAGUGUCUGGAGUGGCACCCCCUGUAGCCAUGGAGGACCCCACCACCACACCAGCACUGCCCAGGACCCGACACAGCAUCACGGAUGUCAGUGGAACGCUGAAUGCUGUCCUCAAGUCAGAGACGGACACUACGACUUUAACAGUGCUGGAGCGACUGGGCGGUCCUCCUGCUCCCCGCUCAGAGUAUUUAGUUUACGGGAGCCCGAGGACGGUUCUGUUCCAUCAGGACUCAAGUGACACGUUACAGAAUAGCAAUGAUCCGUCCUGUUCAUACGCUACAGACACAGAGAUGAUACCUGGUGACAUGCCUGUGGACUUAGAUACACAGACUAAUCCAAUGAGAGGGGACUGGAACCAGUACAGCAGUAGUGUAUACUCUGAAGGGUCCCUAGAUAAGAAAGGGGAGGGUCUGGUUGUAGAUGAGGUGACUGUGAAGGAGGAGGGCGACCCUCCUCUGACAUGGAAUGCAGGCGAUACUCACUUARGAGAAGGACAGUCGCAGGGCAACACUAGUGACUUCUUAGACUACAGGGAAAGCUUAGAGCCAAAUCCAAAUAUCGCAACCCACUCCCCUUUACACGCGUUCAGGGAUUCAGACCCAGAGUCCACAUCGAUGGCACCUUCCAAUUCACACGGCUGCGUCCUUUUUGAUCAGGUAUUGAAUUCAAAGGAUGUAAGGUCCAAGACUCGGGGAGGGGGAGAAAYAUCAGGUAACAGUAAAGAGAAACGKUUCCUCUGCAUGUUCUGUAACAAAGGCUUCAGCUGCCCCCAGAAGGUGGAGAUUCACCAGAGGGUCCAUACAGGGGAGAGAUUAUUCAGCUGUACCCAGUGUCCCAUGCGCUUCACCCAGGCUGGCACCCUGAAGAGACACCAGAGGGUCCACACAGGGGAGAAACCCUUCAGCUGUACCCAGUGUCACAUGCGCUUCACACAGUCUGGCAACCUGAAGAUCCACCAGAGGGUCCACAUAGGGGUGAAACCCUUCAGCUGUACCCAGUGUCACAUGUGCUUCUCCCAGGCUUGGAACCUGAAGAGCCACCAGAGGGUCCACUCAGGAGUGUCUAGAGGUGCUGCUGGUGAAGGAAGAGAGGUGUGAGGAGGGUCUGGGGAUCCCUGAAGGUAGUGACGGGAUGAUUAAUACAGAAGCUCCGAUGCAGUUUUCUAAGCACUACUGAUUCGACAACGUUUCAAUGCUUGCGUCAAAGUAACAAUACCAUGUGAGGAUGACGUUCGAAGCUUCGGGCGUCACAGUAUCAUCUGACAGGUGUCGGAUUUCCAGUCGGAGCUCAUAUUUUCCCCCAGAGUUCCCAGUUAUUUUGAACGCACUUAAGUCGGAGAUUUGAGUUUCCAGUUGCUCUGAAGAAGGCAUGAGAGUGCCGAUCUCAUUCCAGCUCUGCUGGGAGCUUUCAAGAAUCUUUGAAUUUUGUCUAGRUAAUUCAGUUUUAGCAGGUGAAAGAUAGUUCAGGGCGUACAGCCAAAUGGCGGAUUAAUCUAUCCUGAAACCAUAACACAGUAUCGAAUCUUGAGACUUUUUCUUUUUCAGAACAGUGAUUGUAAAUGAAACAACUAUAGUAGUUUUUAUUGAUAAUUAUCAAAUGAUGUAUCCAAAGUUUGUUGUUAAUAUGUAAAAGUGAGUGGAAAAAGUUUAAUUAAAACCCAAGGCAAAGUUGACAAGCAGUUACCUGCUUGUCAACUUGAGGUAAAAAGCUUUGUUUGAUCCAACUCAGUAGCUUCCAAAACAACGAUCUCUGCUGCACAGUACUUAGACUUAUUCUAGAUAUUCUUCUGCUUUUCUCACCUGACAGGUGGCUCAGCCUGUAGAGCAGCGCAAGUCAGUCGUCUUCUAACAGCACAAGAUUAAACUAGCUACAUUGUAUUUCUAACUUUUACAUUCUGAGUUUAGAUAAGCAUAGGCUGCUCAGUUUUUUWAAUUUAACAUCUUAAAUCAUGCCAUGUAACCACCAUAUUUUGUAAAGUUGUUAGUUUCAAACACUGAGCUAGUGUGCUUUUUCGAACCAUGAUUUGCAAAAUUCUUGAUCCCACGGAAUUUCUUMAAUAAAAUGUUUCUGUCAUACAUA